UGGAUAUAGAGCACUCUAGAAGGUCCGAGACUCCGAGUUGUUUCCAAAUGGAAAUCUUUGAUUACAAGAGAUGUUAUGGUGGUAACGGUGUGGUGAGAGGGUUUGUUGUGUUGUGUACGUGAAAAAUUUGUCGUGUUGACGUUAAUGUCGUCCGACCGUAGCAUUCCCCUGCCUGCUACUGAAAGUUGGAAUAUAAUGGAAGUUGAUAGUGGAUCAAAAGUAAUAGAAGAAAGUGCAGAGGUAGUAACCCAUAUAGUAGACUCCAAUCCAGGAAGUCCGCAGAAGUCGCCGAAAGACCGAAUAGUAGAUAUUUUGGAUCAGGUUGAACUGCAUGUAGAACGACUAAGAAGAGAAGCUUUAAAACUGGAGGAAGAAAGGGACACGCUUCUUACAACGUUAGAUACACUGAAGAAUUCCGAAAUGAUGAUUGAAUUGUCUGAAAGUGAUAGGGAACAUGUGUUGCACUAUGCAGAUCAUAUAGCUAACCACUGUUUAACUGUGGAAGUCCUUGUGAAGACUACGCGUGAUGGAACCCAGGAAGAAGCUCUGCAUCAAGUGAAUGGUUUUAUUGAUUCACUUGUAAUCGGAUUACGUGAAGAUCCUUUCGGAACAAAAUCCAAGUGUAUCGCAUUCAUGAAUUCGUGUUCAUCACAUACAUCCAUUGGAAACAUUGACAAGAAUUUUGAAAGUGCAAUCUUGGGCUGUACACUGGAUGAUCAGAAGAGGAUAAAGAAGCGCUUGCAAGGUUUAUUAGAUUACAUAGACACUUUGUCCGGGUAGAAGUUAUGUUGUGCCUUCCGAGAGUGACGGGAUUGCACAGUUUUAACACUGGAAGUGCUUUACAAAAUUCCAUUCCCGAUAUUUUCAGUAUAAACAUCAUAAUUGAGACACAACAAUUGACAAAAACUAACUUAGAAUUAAGUUUCAGAAAUAUUACAAUUUUUGUGUUUCAGAUUUUGUGGUUAAUUUGUGAAAGCAUAUUUGAUGUGUUGUAAAGGAAUUUCAUUUGUAUUGUUAUUUUAUAGCUGUUCAUAGUUAAUAUAAAAAACGUACAGCUGCUUUGGAAAUAUGGAUGACAUUUAUUGCUUCAUAUAAAGACAGUUUUUGACACUAUGAGGUUACUAGUAAAGACAUAACUACCACUGAUAGCAAUUAUGUUUAGAGUAUAAUAUAUAAAAGACAACACAUUGAGGAAUAUAGGUGAUAUAACUUCGUAUUAGUUAAAUGUCAUUCUUUGAUUCAGAUAUGUGAUUUUUUGCGAAAUAAAACAGUUGGUUACAUGUUUCAAAAACAUGUUUACUGCCAUAUUGAUGUGAACAUUUUUCAUUUGUGAAAAUUGUGGUUGUUCAGUAUUUUCUUAUCAAUUGUUUUAUUGGAAAUUGAGCAAUAUUAACAGUUGGCUGGAAAUGGUAGGUGCUAUUAUUUCUGCUGUCCUAGAUUUUGUUACCGAAAUAUAAAUUUUCUAAAGCUUGAAUUAUAUUUGGCCAGGAAAAGCCUUUUUUACUUAUGAGGUGCUGGAGAAUAACUUCUUGUGACAUAAGAUUUGCACUAUGUCAGUCAGAAUCAAUUGAUAGUUUAUUUAACUAUAUUUAAAUGCAGUAGAACAACAGUGAUCUUGUAAUUAAAACUCCUCCGCUGAUUUAUUUUGGCAAAAGUAAAGCAUUUGCAAAAUAUUCAGGUAGCUCUUGGAUAAAGCACUAUGUUGUAGGCAGUUUCAAAUUACUGUUACUGGAAACAUUGCUCGUGUGUAAAAGUAUGGGAACUGGAAAAUUAGUUGAAGAUUGAUAGAGGCAUCAUAACUAAUUAAAUUUGCUGAAUGUCCAUCAGUUUAAGCUGAAAAUGUUCCUUCCAGUUCACUGCCUUUUUUAUGAUACUUAUGAAUUUUAGAUGGUGUAGUAAUUUGUCUGAUAACUUUUAAUUCCUUGAAAGUAUCAAAUUAAGCAUAAGCUUUCCUUGUUUCCACUGUUAAUUUCUUCUUAAAUACAUUGAAUGAUCAUAUUUAACAUUAUUUUUAAACAAAAAUUUUUGUGCAAAUGUAUAUGCAGCUUUGUUGCAGUAAAUCUAUUUUUAUACAGUUAUAAUAUUAUACAAGUGGCUUUAGGUGUGAAUACAAAUGUCACCAUUGUUGAAGUAUGUGAUACUUUAUGCAGACAAAACCUAUAUGUUGAAACCUAUUACAUAUAUUUUGUAGUGUGUACAGGAAUAAUCCUCAGUAAAUUGACAUAAAUUAUUGCUUCUAUGCUUCAUAUUCAAAUUAUCAGGAGUUUAAUAACUUGAAAAUUUCAAGCUUGGAAAUAAUAUGAGAGUACCUUAAUUAAACAGACCUAACUUUUUUGCAAGUUUCUGACAUAGAAGUGCUUGUAACUUGAGCUUGUUAUCUUGGUGUGUGCUGCGUAGCUUAAAGUUUCCGACAUAUGAACGUCGGAAGGAUGUGACGUUUCUUACCUUCAGUACUUAAACUAUUUAUGCAUUUUAUAUUCUGUACUGUCACACAUUACGCAAGUUCCUGAUGCCUUACAUUAAAAAAAAAAAGAUUUUUGUAAUUGCUGUAUGGCUUGCACACAUCUCCCUCACUUGGGGCACAUGGUUAAUUCACUAAUUAUUUUGCAGUGUACUAUGAAUGACAACAACUGUUCCAUUAUUGUAUUGCAAAAUAAGAAUGAUUAAAAUACUUAAUUGUGCCAUUCUAA